AUGUGGCCCACUUCCCAGGAGAACUGGGACACACUCGCACCAUUCAUUUACCAUUGCACUAACCACAGUGUUGCUCAGAUCAUCAAGGGUCCAGAUACAUUUUCCGUGGUGGUUCCUGAUAGUCCAGUCUCAGCCAAAUUGGGAUCCUCUGUGGUCUUGCUCUGUAGUCUCUCUCCUUCCUUCAGUGCUGUGGAGUUGGAGGUGCGCUGGUACAGACCCAAUAAAUUCAACACUCCAGUUUUAUUGUACAAGGAUCAGAAGAUCCAGGAGAGUCCUGUAGAUCCCCAGUACAGGGACAGAGUGUCUCUGAUAGGGAAUCUGGAGGAGGGAAAUGUGUCUCUGAAGAUGAAGAACAUCACACUGUCAGACAGAGGAGAAUAUGUGUGUUAUGUCAGCAGUGGAACUUGGUAUGAGAAGGGUACAACAUCACUCACAGUAAAUAUCCUGGGCUCUGUACCAGUCCUCUCAUUCACUGAAACAGGAGAACAGGUGAAUGUGACCUGUGUGUCAGAUGGUUGGUCACCACAGCCCACAGUCACCUGGAGAGACAGAGAAGGGAAAGAGAUCAAACACAACAGUAAUGUGAUGUAUAAGACAGAUAGUGAUGAUCUGGUGAGUGUGAGUUCUUGGCUGCUCUUCUCUCCCUCUGAGUCAGAGUGGAUCUCCUGCUCUGUCAGUUUAUCUGAUCAGGAGGAGAGAGAGGGGAGAAUUGUACCACACAGGACAAAAAUAUCAAACUGUGCAACGCAACCAACAAUGUUGGAGCCCACAGCAUCCAAACCCUCAUGGAGAGCAUUUAUUGUCAUGCUGGUCAUCAGUCUGUUGGCCUUCAGUGUCUUAUUCAUCCUCCUCUUCAUUUUAUACAAGAAGAGAGAUUGGGAUAAGAUGCGUCUUUCAAAAAAGCGUCUCACACUGGACAAAACAACUAGUCACAAAGGUCUGACAGUUAAAAACAAAGGAAAGGAAGUGAGCUUUGACAAAGGGGUUUUCAAACAUUCCAUAUCCUCUGGAUACAUGGUUGAUGUUCUGUGUAAAGAGAUGUUUAAGUCAGACUGUCACUACUGGGAGGUCAUUGUUUUAGAUGUGGAGAAGGGUCUUCCAGCCAAACUGUCCUGGUAUGUCGGUGUGACUUCUCAUGAAGAAAAGGAAAGAAAGAAAGAGACAUUAACUCCAGAGAAUGGUUACUGGGUUCUCCAGUAUGAAAGAGGGAAAGGAUUCUAUGUGAAUACUGGCCUUCCUACCCCAGUGUUAGUAAGAGACUCAUUCUCAACACUGGGGGUGUAUUUAGACAUGACUAAGAACACUCUGUCUUUCUAUGAUGUAGAUUCAAAAUCACAUCUUUACACUUUCACUGAUGUUAAGUCUAAAAAUGUAUUGAUUCCUUUGUUCAGUCCUGGAGACAGAUGUGAUCAUUCUCUCAUACUCAAGUAUACAGAUAAAUGA